AUGGAUUGCAAGCCAGCUAUCACGACAGUGUCCCUUGGGUCAUGCAAGUUUCACAGCAUCGCCGACAAGAUUCACGAAGCCGCACGAAAUGGAUUUAAGGGGAUCGAACUCUUCAUUGACGACCUUGAAGCUCUCGCCAGAGAUAUCAGCCCUACACCUGCCGCCUUGGCCCCUUCUCGUGACUCUAUGUUAGCUGCCGCCCAUCGAAUUCGCCAGCAGUGUGACAAGCUAAACAUUGUCAUUCUCAACCUCCAGCCCCUGCGCUUCUACGAGGGUCUGGUUAAUCGCAAAAAGCGCAACCAAAUCCUAGACGAGGUGCUUCCAAUAUGGAUGGACGCGCUCGAAAUUCUCGGCGCAGACACUAUUCUGGUCCCCUCGAACUUCCUCCCCGAAGACCCUGCGACUGGACUUCCUCAGACAGCCGGUGAUUUCGGCAUAAUCGUCGAAGAUCUCCGUGAACUGGCUGCACGAGGCGCUCAACACAAACACUCCAUCAAAUUUGCCUACGAGGCACUCGCUUGGGGCACACAUAUCAACACCUGGGAGAAGUCUUGGGAAAUCGUACAGGCAGUCAAUCGACCCAAUCUAGGUCUCGCUUUGGAUACGUUCAACAUUGCCGGUGCCAUCUACGCAGAUCCCACCACAGAGGAUGGUCGCGUCGCGGACACGGCCGAGGCCGAUCUAUCCGCUUCACUGAAACGUAUGGCCUCUACUUUGGAUGUCAGCAAGGUGUUUAUCGUCCAGAUAGCCGACGGGGAGCGUCUUAGACAGCCACUUCACACGGGCCAUCCUUUCUAUGUUGCCGGCCAGCCCAGUCGACUGAGCUGGUCGCGAAAUUGUCGGCUUUUUCUCUGUGAGCCUGAACGUGGUGGCUUUUUACCUGUCCUCAGCAUACUCAAGACUAUCCUCGAUCUAGGCUGGACCGGAUACCUUGCGUACGAGGUCUUCUCGCGUUCAUUGGCUGACAGUGAUCACCGGACCCCGGCGCUGCAUGCAGAGAGGGGAAAGAAAUCUUGGCAGCAGCUAUGCAAGCUUGCGGAAACCCAAACAAAUCAUUCUGAGUCCCCUAGUCUCAGCAGCUUCAGGUUACUCGGGAUGAGAUUACUAGAGAACGCAGUGCACGAGGUAGAGGCAGGGGUAGAUAUAGGGCUCUCAUUUGGCGGUAUUGUGAUCUAG